AUGCAAUUCUCCGAAUCACAAAGCCGGUUCCUUGAGAGCGUGCAGGAUGCAAUUCGUCGCUAUGAUUUGCAACUGAAGGAUAUCAACCACAAAAUUUGGUCAAAUCCCGAACUUGCAUAUUCAGAAUUCGAGGCCCACAACAAUAUUUGCGAGCUUUUUGAAAGCCUCAAAUCCGAGGGGUACAAAGUGACACGCAAAGCGUAUGACCUCGAGACUGCGCUAGAAGUUGAAUACACAUACGGUACUGGAGGGCGCGUCGUGACCUUCAAUGCGGAAUACGACGCUCUUCCGGGUAUUGGACAUGCAUGUGGUCACAACCUCAUCGCCACCAGCUCGAUUGCGGCCUUUAUUGCAGCCUGCGAGGCUAUGAAAGCCCACGCGAAAAAUUCUUCCGAAAAGGGAUUCACACUCCGUCUCAUGGGCACCCCAGCAGAAGAGUCCGGCGGUGGUAAAGUGCGCAUGCUCAACAAAGGGGCCUACAAGGGUGUGGAUGCCUGCCUUAUGGUACACCCAGUUCCCAUGGUACCCGGCAACUCAGAAUUAACAGGAAUGGCAACUGUUGUCGAAGGCGGGUUCCUUGCCAAUGAUAAAGUCAAGGUCACUUUUACCGGCAAACCGGCGCAUGCCGCUGCCGCACCCUGGGAGGGUAUCAACGCCCUUGAUGCUGUGGUUUCGGCAUACGUGAACAUUUCAAUGCUUCGUCAGCAGAUCCUUCCAACUCAGAAGAUCCAUGGAGUUAUUGUUAACGGUGGUGACCGUCCCAAUAUCAUUCCAAUGUCUGCCACAGUGGACUAUUAUAUUCGCUCGCCGACCAUCAAGACACUUAAGCCUUUGACAGAGAAAGUGGUGAAAUGCUUCGAGGCGGCUGCGACUGCGACUGGUUGCAAAGUGGACUUUGACUGGGGAAUUUCAUAUGCUGAUUUGAAAACCAAUCUGCCAAUAUGUGAAAGUUACGUCUCUGUGAUGCGAGCCAUGGGCCACCACACUUUACUUGACAACUCCACGCAAAAGAGUACUUUGUCCGGAGCCUCUACUGAUAUGGGCAACGUUUCAUAUGCAGUACCUGGAUUCCACGGAAUAUUCACUAUUCCUACAGACGGAGUCAACCACACGCCACAAUUCACGAAGGGCGCUGGAUCGGAUGAAGGAUUUAAGAGGGCACUUGCCUGUGCCGCGGGCAUGGCUGUUGUAGCUUGUCAGAUUCUAGUUGAUGAUAAAUUUGCCGAGGAUGUGAAGAAAAACUCUGAUCAGAAUUGA